CAUAUUUGUUCCCGUUGAUGAACAGGAUUGUUCUCUGCUGGAAAUGACCGGCGCUGCUACCACCUUUCCUGUCAAUUUCUCCUUGUCCAUUUUCCAUUUCUCUGUUCUACACCCCUUGUAUGCAUUUUCUGCGUUUUAACACAUUGUCAGAUGUAAUUUCUUCUCAUUCACAGAAAACUAACGACCCAUUAAAUUCUUCGCCGAACUUAACUUCGUUAGAGACUUUUUGCACUUCGUUUCACCUUAUUUCUCUUAACCUAACUGGACUGUAAACCAUUAAACCAUGAUUUCAGCUUAUAAAACUACGAUUUGCUGAAACAAAAUUUUCACAUUGACGUGCCACGCUGAUGAAUUUCAAUUGUGAAUAAUUUAUCGCGCAGUAGAUUGAACAGUUUUGGCAGCUUCGUCGCCGAGAGUUUCGUUUUAAUCAAUUUGUAGUUAACAGAUUGAGGAGGAUGAAUCGCACAAUGGAUGAGAAAGAAGAAUUGGUAAAGAAGUCCUUGUUUAGUUUUGUGAGAAAAGAGGUGCCUACUGCCCAGCUGAGUUUAAUAGAUGAUAUUGUUCUGGGUUAUGUGGUGAGUAUGGUGGAAGAAAGUGCGCUUGAAGAAGACUUGGAUGUUGAUGGACUUUGUGAAAUGGUAUCUGCUUGUCUUCCUGAAUUUUCUAAAAUUGAAAAGGAAGCAGUAUCCAAGUGGUUAUUGGACGUUGAAAGUAAGUUACGGGAGGAGAGUAAAGAAAAUCAAAAUUGUCAGCCUCAAGAUCCUUUAAGUCAACUUAGUCUGACUGCUCUACUACCGCCUGGCACACAGAGGAUGAGAGUACAUCAUCUUUCUGAAACAAGUGAUGCUGGAAGCGAUUCCAGUGGAGAAUACUUUCAAGAAGAAUCAUCAUGGCAUCAAGUAGCAUUAUUACAAGAAAUGUUCCCAGCUGCAAGUCCAGCGGAGAUUAGACAUUGUUUGGCUGUUGCUGGUGGUGAUAUUACAGAGGCUGCUCAGCUUGCUCUUCAUCGUCAAGAAGCAGGACAAAGCAUUGCUAGUAAUUUGACAUUUGUAACACCAAAUGGUCGCAACAGGGCUAGACUGAACGACGAGGAACUGAAAUCACGUAUCAUCGCAAGAUAUAGUUACGUCGACAGGGACGAUGAUUCGCGCGAGCAUCGCCCAGUGGCUCCGAAAACGGAACCGAAAAAAUUAGUGCGCUAUCUGGAGAACAAGAUUGUGAGCGUGAAAGGUGAACGAUAUACAGAGGUCAGACGAGGUGGUGAAGAGGAAGAUGGUAACGAAGGUGGUAGGAAACGAAGCCAUUGCCGGCCGUAACCAGUCCCUUUGCCUCCACCCCCCGAUCCACCCCCUUGGAGGCAUCUGAUUUCAAAUUAAAGCUUUCACUUAGAUUCUCUCUUAUCUUGCUUGUAGAGGAAUACAGACAGGGUGUUGAACUUCUAUGUGCUGCGCUAUGCAAUAUUCUCUCUUUGUUCCUUUCCUGACUGAAGUUGUCUCAUCCAGUCACUAUUAUUCAAUUUUUAGAGAUGUGUCCUCUUUUUAUGCGUGAUAUUAUUGUUAUUUUUAAAUGUGAUCCAAUACAAGAGAUUUGUAGCAUUUUAAAAAUCGCAAACUGCGCAGAGUGCCGUUUAUUGUACACGGAAGAACAGAAAUUUGUUUAAACGACGAAACGCCCGCGACUAUUAUUACAUCGCAGUAUAAGUACCUGUUAACGUAUACUAUUUAAUUUACGUUGAAACUUUCUCUCCUUUACUUUUUAUGAAAUAUAUAAUUAGCAUAAGGAGUGUGGAAUUAAUAUUUGGAUUAAUCUUUUGCAGCAUCGAUGUAGAACAUAAUCAUUUGAUCGAUCGAAAUGGACAGUUUACGUUAUGAUGUAACAUAUACGGAUUUUAGAUUAUUUUAUUACGUUUUCGCCACGU